CCUCUCUCCGCUUCUUGCUUCCCUUGCAACUGGGUGUCAAACAUCACACGCAUAUUCCCAUUCCAUUCUCUCCACGUUCAUGACGAUGUCUUUCACGAGAUGAUGCGAAAGCCUCUUUGCAAACAAUGGCAGACUCAUACCCUUAUAACAGUCAACUUGAUGCCUUUGAGCUCUACCACCAAGUCCAGGAAGAAGCUCGAUCCUCUAGAUCAUCCUCUUCACCCAAUGCCACGCUCCUCGAAGCCCUGGGCCAUGCCAUCUCCGGCUCCGUCGGCGCCUCUAUAUCCAAUGCCGCCCUCUACCCGAUCGACCUGAUCAUAACCCGCCUCCAGAUCCAGCGACAACUACGCGGCAACGACCAGUCCCAUCCUUCCGACACCGAAUACAAAUCCUUUGGCGAUGCCGUCCAGAAGAUCUACGCGAACGAAGGCGGCAUCGCGGGUCUGUUCACGGGUCUGGCACAAGACACCGCAAAGACCAUUGCCGACUCCUUCAUCUUCUUCCUACUUUAUAGCUACUUUCGCAACAGACGCCUGGCCGCCCACUCCGACGCCCACUCACUCCCCGCUCUCGAAGAACUAUCCGUGGGUUUCGUGGCCGGCGGUCUGACCAAACUCGCAACGACACCCAUUGCCAACGUCGUGACUAGAAAACAAGCCGCGGCUCUGUUGGCCGCGAAGGAGGACCUCAGGGAUGAUCGAGGUCACUUCCAUGUCCCCAGCACCCAAAAGAUCAUCCAGGAUAUCCUUUCGGAAAAGGGCAUCCGGGGUUUUUGGUCCGGCUACUCUGCCAGUCUCGUCCUCACACUCAACCCCAGCAUAACAUUUUUCCUGUUCGAGAACCUCAAAAAGGUCGUCCUCCCUCGACACCGCCGCGCGAACCCUCCGCCAUCUUUGACGUUCCUCCUGUCUGCCCUCAGCAAAGCUUGCGCCUCCAGCAUCACGUACCCCUUCAGUCUCGCCAAGGCACGCCUUCAGGCCGGUGGUGCUCCCAAAUCCUCUUCCUCACCCUCAUCCGAGAACGACGCCUCGACCGAAGAAGAAAAGGUCGUCCAGGAAGACGUCCCGACUCGUGAAGACCGCGCCGCUGCACGCGCGACCAUCUUUUCCACCGUGCUCACCGUCGCACGGACCGAAGGCGUCCCGUCUCUGUACGAAGGGUUGCCUCUCGAGAUCGUCCGCGCCUUCUUCUCGCACGGCCUGACGAUGCUCGUCAAACAAUCGAUCCAACGACUCCUCGUGCGCGCCUACUACGUCUUGUCCAUCGUCGCGGGCCGGUACCAGAGGAAGGCCCACCGCGGCGCCGACCGCCUGUCAGCCAAGGCCAGGGGGAGCGUCGAGUACUACAACCUCGCCAUGGCCCGCGCGAGCCAGAAGAUCGAAGAGACCAAGACCGUCGUCCAGCAGCGCGCCAACGAGACUGCCGAGUUUGUGGCCGAGUACGUCGAGGAGGAGGACGGGCAGUGGCGGGAUCUCUACGGCACGGUCGGGCUGGCGAAGUGGUUGGACAAGGACAGGGGGUUAUGAUUGAUGAAAAACGUCUCGAUGGCUUCGAGGUUAUGACGUUGACCUUUUUUUCCCCCUUCUUUUCUCAUGUACGGAGUGUAGGCAGUAUGUACGGAUAACAAUCAUGGAAAUGGUGUACCCACCUAGCUAUUUUAAGUGAUACUCGGGCCUAAUUUUAACAAUUCAAAGUUGGAUGCUUCAUACCUGUACAAAU